UUUCCCUCGUAAAGAUCUCCUGCGAACCACGACUUUCAUUACCGUGUCUUGUAUAUCUACAAGGUAAAGUUGAAGAUAGGUUAGAUAGGUGAAUACGUAACUUAUUCGCCAUGAAUGUGUAUAGAUUUCGAAAAAUUUUCACCUCUUCCCCUUUAUACAAAUUUCGAUCUGCUCACACACAAAAAUUUGCAAGAGCUGAAACUCAGGAUAUAGAAGUUCUGCCGAAAGAAGAUGCAAAAGUGACACAAAUUGAAAGUGGUAUAACUAUUGCAUCUAUAGAAAAUUAUAAUCCAAUUUCUCAAGUAUCUCUGGUGCUUAAAGCUGGUUCACGGUAUGAAACUGCACAAAAUUUGGGUGUCAGCCAUGUGUUACAUAAUUGUGCAACCUUGUCAACAAAAAAUCGUACUGGGUUCUGUAUAACCAGAAGCUUGGAACUCUUAGGGGCAAAAUUAGAAGUGACUGCUACCCGAGAGCAUUUAAUUUAUACAUUGCAGUGCAUUCGUGAUGAUAUAGAUUCUGGAUUUGAAAUUCUUGCAGAUAUUAUAACUAGACAAGCUUUUAAACCAUGGGAAGUUAAUGAUGCCAUACCAAGAAUGCAUGUCGAUUUGGCAGUUUACCAGAGCAAUCCAGAAGCAGUUUUGUUAGAAAACCUUCACAAAGCUGCGUUUCGAAGUGGUUUAAGCAAUUCUCUCUAUUGUCCAUCAUUUAUGAUUGGCAAACACAGCUCUGAAAUGUUACACACGUUCGUAAAAGAAAACUUUGCUACUUCACGUACAUCGGUGGUUGGCCUUGGAGUAUCUCAUGAACAUCUUCAGAACUGUGUCAACAAAUUUCUUCAUGUGAGCAGCAGUUCCUCUGGAAGUGACAUAGCUACAAAAUUUUCAGGAGGUGAAAUAAGGGUGGAGACAGAUCUUCCAUGUGUGCAUACAGCCAUUGUUGCUGAAGGAGCUGGACUUCAAAAUAAAAAAGAUGUGCUAAGCUUGGGAAUCUUGCAGAAUAUUCUGGGAGCUGGUUCUCACAGUAAAUUUAGUUGUUCUAAAUUUUCCAAACUUGGAGAAGCAGCUGCAAAAAAUACAAGUAAUCCAUUUGCUGUUACUACUUUGAAUGUGAAUUACUCAGAUUCUGGUUUAUUUGGUGUUUACAUUGUAGGAAAUUCUGAUGAUAUGAAAGAGUUGGUGAAGGCUGUUGUUUCUCAAAUGCGAGAUGUGACAAAAAGUAUCUCUGAAUCCUCUGUGAAUAGUGCUAAGCACAAAUUGAAGGCAAGAUUAAAUUUAGAACGAGAAACUUCCAAAGGUCUUAUAUCUGCAAUGGCAUUUGAAGCAUCUCAGUUUGGUGGAAUCAGUGAUAUUCAGGAUAUAGAAAAGUCCAUUGAAAGUUUAACUGUAUCUGAUAUUACAACAAUUGCUGGGAAAGUGAUGAAAACAAAACCAGCUAUGGCAGCUAUUGGCCGUUUGCAUAACACUCCUCAUUUAGAUGAAUUGAUUUAAAUUACUGUAGUUGUGGGAAAGUGUAAAGGAUGAUGAAUUAAAUAUAUAUAUAUAUGUGUGUGUGUGUGUAUGUGUGUAGAAAUAAAAGAUCCAAAUUACGUUUUUGACUCAAA